AUGGCUCAAGCUAUAUGGUUUGCAUCUCCUUUUGGUCUGAGAAUUCAAGGUAAUAAUACCAUGACUUUCUCUUCUCUUAUACAACAAUGGAUGCAAAGGAAUGAUAAUUACUACCCAGUCUCCCUUGGAUUAAUGGCUAUCUGCUGGGCUAUAUGGAAGAUAAGAAAUGAAAAGGUUUUUGAAAACAAACAGAACACAGUUCAUGGAGCUCUCAAAAUAGCUAUGUCCUGGUUCAACCUCUAUUACAAUCCUGUCACUGCUAACGAACUGGAGGAAGAUGAUACUACAACUAAUGUCUCUAAUGAUGACAAUCUCACAUGGAAGGCACCUAAUUCACCUUUCAUCAAGAUUAAUGUGGAUGCGACGUGGAAAAAUGGAUCUUUUGCAAAUACUCGGGUUGGAAGAGCAGAAAAUUCUCUCUUGGCAGAAGAUGAUGGAUUUCUCCUUGCAGCUGAACUGGCAGACCACCUGGGUUUGCAUGACAUCAUUAUAGAAGAAGACUGCCAAAUUGUUGUCAGAUGCCUUACAGGAAGUAUGAAGAAGACACCCUGGAGACUUUGGAAAUUUCAAGAUGAUUUCAAGGAGCUCAUAACCAAGUUCAACAACAGCAAAAUUAGACAUGUCACUGAAAAACGAAACUUUGUUGCUCAUUCUCUUGCCGGUUAUGCAUUCUCUCACAACGUCCAAACUAUAUGGACUAAUAAGCAGAUGCCUGCUGACAUUGCAGCUCUCUGUCUAGAGGAUGCUAUCUAG